AUAAAUCUGGGUGUGCUCCUGCCAUGGCGAGUCCUGUCCCCUGACCUUGACCUUGGUCUGGGUGGGUCUCAGCCUCUGACCACCAUCCAAUGCGCGCCGCCCCCCCCCCCCCCCCCCCCAACUACCAGGUUCUUUGUAAACCUGCUGUGCAGCGAGGGGCCCGAGGCCGAGUAUGCCCUGCAUUUCAACCCCCGGCUGGACAAGUCCGAAGUGGUCUUCAACACUAUGGAGCAGGGCCGCUGGGGCCGAGAGGAGCGCGGCCAGGGCAUUCCCUUCCAGCGUGGGCAGCCCUUCGAUGUGCUCAUCAUCACCACCGAAGAUGGCUUCAAGGCGGUGGUCGGGGACUCGGAAUACUACCACUUCCGCCACCGGAUCCCGCCGGCGAACGUGCGCCU